AUGAAUUCUACAGAUUUGAUUGCUAUAGUGGUACUCGGUGCUCUAUUUUGGAUCUACCGUAACCUUGAUUCCAUUAAAGAAUUUAUCAAUGAUCAAUUUUAUGAUAAUGAUCCUGCACUUGGAGUCAACUCUAAUGGGACUCGUGAUCUAGUAGAAGUAUUAAGAGAUAACGACAAGAAUUAUUUGGUUCUAUAUGGUUCUCAAACUGGUACUGCAGAGGAUUAUGCCAAGAAAUUUGGUAAAGAAUUGACUGCUAGAUUCCAACUUCGUGUGAUGGUCGCUGAUUUGGAACAUUAUGAUUUUGAUACUUUAAAUGAAUUGCCUGAUAAUAUUCCUGUAACAUUUGUUAUCUCUACUUAUGGUGAAGGUGAUUUUCCAGAUGGAUCUGUCAAUUUCGAACAAUAUUUGAAUGAAUUGGAUGCUGAAAUGUUAGACAAUCUUCGUUUCUCUAUCUUUGGUCUUGGUAAUACUACUUAUGAAUUUUUCAAUGGUGCUGCUCGUAAAGCCCUUGAUAAACUUCAAAAUGCAGGUGCUCGUUUAAUUGGUGCAUUAGGUGAAGGUGAUGAUGGUGCUGGGACUACAGAUGAAGAUUAUUUAACUUGGAAAGAAGAAACCAUUGAAUUAUUACAAACUGAAUUGGACUUAAGUGAAGACGAGGAUAAACAAUUUGAAUCCUCCUUUGGAUAUACUGAAUUGACAACGAUUGAAAAUAAUACCUCAUUGGGUGAACCAUCAAAACAAUAUUUACCAAAUGCAACUUUACAAUAUAAUUCUGAAGGUGAACAACGUGGACCAUUUGAUUUAGCUCAACCUUACAUUGCACCAAUCAUUAAAACCAAAGAAUUGUUUCAAUCUAAGGAUAGAAACUGUAUCCAUACUGAAUUCGAUAUUAGUGGUUCUGAAAUAACUUAUCAAACAGGUGAUCAUUUAGCCAUUUGGCCCUCUAACCCAGAUGAAGCAGUAUCUCAAUUCUUACGUGUAUUUGAACUUAACCCUGAAACCAUAUUUGAUUUGAAGGCUAAGGAUUCUACUAUGAAAUUACCAUUCUUAUGUCCUACCACCGUUGGUGCCGUUGUACGUCAUUAUUUAGAAAUCACCGGACCAAUAUCAAGACAAACUUUAGGCUUAUUGGUAUCCUAUGCUCCAGAAUCAAUUAAAGAUCAUAUCAUCACUCUAUCUAAGGAUAAAUCUUUAUUUGCCUCCGAGAUAUUAGCCUCUAAAUUUAACCUAGCUGAUGCUUUAUUGUCAUUAAAUAACGGUCAAACAUGGUCUGGCGUUCCUUGGUUAUUAUUGAUUGAAAUGUUACCAAAAUUAUCUCCACGUUAUUAUUCUAUCUCUUCAUCAAGUCUAUCUGAACCUAAUACUAUUCAUGCUACUUCAAUCGUUGAAAACACACCAAAUGAUACCACAGGUAUAAAUACUAUCGGUGUCACUACCAACUUGUUGAGAAAUAUUCAACUAGUCAAGACACAAGGUGAUCUAACAUCUUUACCUGUUCAUUAUGAUCUAGAGGGACCUCGUGGUCUUUUUGCUAAUGGUCAAUUACCGAUCCAUGUUCGUCAUUCUACUUUCCGUUUACCAAAGGAUAACAGCAUCCCUGUAAUUAUGAUUGGUCCUGGGACAGGUGUUGCACCAUUCCGUGGGUUUGUUAGAGAAAGAUUUGCAGAAAUAAAGCGUGACGGUAGUGAUAGUUUAGAAAAGAUGGGUAAGAUGGUAUUAUUCUAUGGUUCUCGUGAUAAUGAUGAUUAUUUGUAUCGUGACGAAUGGGUAGAAUAUUCCAAGACACUAGAAGAUAAAUUUGAAAUCGAUGUUGCAUUAUCAAGAGUACAAGAACAAAAAAUAUAUGUUCAACAUCGUCUUGCUGAACGUAAGGAAGAAAUUAGUCAAUUAUUACAAAAGGGUGCAUAUGUGUACGUUUGUGGUGAUGCCAAACGUAUGGCUAAGGAUGUUCAACAUGCGAUUGCCAAUAUCUUGUCAGAGACUAAAGGUCUUACUGAAUCCGAAGCUCAAGAAGUUGUUAAGGCUAUGAAGGUUGCAGGUAAGUACCAAGAAGAUAUAUGGUAA